CCCUAAAGACUGGAGAAAAUGUUGAAUACUAAUCUCACACCAAAACUUCAAAACCAAAAGCCUGCACCACAGCCACUGUAGCUGUUCCUGUUUGCGGCAAAACAACAAACACCUAACCAUAAAUAUCUCUUUCUCUCUUGGUGGUGUUGUUUGCUGCGGUGGGCGGGAGACUGGAGACUUUCCAUUUCGUGCCAGAUGAUCCAAAAGACUCCGGCCCAGACCCAGCAUCACCACCAGAAGAAAAGCUACUGUGUUAUGGAAGAUAUUUAUGGAGUGAUGAUGGUGCCCAAGGAGCUACAACUCCAGCUUCAACUCCAUUCCCUUUCCCAUAAAAAGUCCUCACCUUUCCACCUUCAGCUUCGUGCUCCCGAUCUUGGACGAGCGUUUCAGGAUUUGGUGAAGACUAGAGAAGUUAGCGAGUUCCUUAGUGGGGCUUUAGCAGGGGCCAUGACCAAAGCCAUCCUUGCCCCUCUUGAGACCAUCAGGACAAGAAUGGUGGUUGGUGUUGGAUCUAAAAACAUUUAUGGUAGCUUCGUUCAGAUUAUUGAACAACAGGGUUGGCAAGGACUCUGGGCUGGAAAUGCAAUAAACAUGCUGCGCAUAGUUCCCACCCAGGCAAUUGAGCUAGGGACAUUUGAAUAUGUUAAGCGAGCAGUGACAUCAGCACAAGAGAAAUCGAACCAGACUGGAAACCUAAAGUUGAACAUUGGACAUCUCAGUCUUAGUUUUUCUCUAUCCUGGCUGUCUCCCGUAGCUGUUGCUGGCGCAGCUGCUGGAAUUGUUAGCACCCUUGUGUGUCAUCCUCUUGAAGUUUUAAAGGACAGACUGACAGUGAGUCCUGAGCUAUAUCCCAAUCUGAGUAUUGCAGUACACAAGAUUUACAAGGAUGGUGGAAUUGGUGCUUUAUACUCUGGGCUAUCACCAACAUUAAUUGGCAUGCUCCCUUACAGCACAUGUUACUACUUCAUGUAUGAGACAAUGAAGAAAUCAUACUGCUUCGCAAAGAAAAAAGAAUCUUUAACUCGUGCAGAGCUGCUCUUAGUUGGGGCUCUUUCUGGCUUGACAGCUAGCACAAUAAGUUUCCCCUUGGAGGUUGCAAGAAAACGGCUGAUGGUAGGAGCUCUGCAAGGUAAAUGCCCACCUCACAUGGCGGCUGCACUGUCUGAAGUUGUGAAAGAGGAGGGUCUGAUAGGUCUUUAUAGAGGUUGGGCUGCUAGCUGUUUGAAAGUCAUGCCAUCCUCUGGUAUUACUUGGAUGUUCUAUGAAGCUUGGAAAGAGAUAUUGCUCGUUGAAAGACCACGACCCUGACAACUUUGCUAGAAGACAAGCAAUAUACUCUUAACUCUUAAGAAGCGAAAGCAUAUUUUCUUCGUCAGAAGGCAUUAAGUGCACAUGGGAUUGGUAGGAGCUGUGUUUGGAGUGCCAGGCAACUUCAACGGGAGUGAAGUUGGUGAUACGUUUUGCUUGCUUCAGGCAAAAGGACUAUCCAAUCAUUUAAUUCGAACUGGCGGCAUCUUGUAUUAAUCAAUUGGUGUUGGCUCCAUUUCAAUGUGUUCCAACAGAAAUUUUGUUUCAAGAUGAAUAUUGAAAAACACCUGAAUUAUUGACUCGCAUGCCUUGCGGGAGAUGGGAAGGGGAAAGAUAGUGAUAGCAAAAAAUGUGUGUAGUAAGGGAUGCUCAACUCGAUUAGUUGGGAGACAUUGCAACCUGAAUUUGUUUCGCUGUUAAAAAUAACAUGGGUAAUAUGCUUA